CCGGCUGGCCUGGAGGGGAGGGUGGCCCGGGGCCCUGGGGAAGAGGGACUUGCGCCGGGCGGGGCUUCCCUGCCACCAGGCUUCCCGCGGGCAGCAUGUCCCUGCGGGUUGGGGGAGCUGGGCUGAACUGGCCCUCCUGGGGGCUCAGCCUGCGCCCUAGAGUUCCCCCGAUGCGCCCCCGCCGGGGCCCUCCGAUUGCGUGAGGACACCUCCUCCGAGGGGCGCCGCUCGCCCCUCUUGAGAACGCCCGGUGCCCCAGCUGGCCAGAGGAUGGACGAGGAGGAUGGAGCGGGCGCCGAGGAGUCAGGACAGCCCGGGAGCUUCAUGCGGCUCAACGACCUGUCGGGGACCGGGGGACAGCCUGAGCCGGGGUCGGCGGAGAAGGACCCGGGCAGCGCGGACUCCGAGGCGGAGGGGCUGCCGUACCCCGCGCUAGCCCCGGUGGUUUUCUUCUACUUGAGCCAGGACAGUCGCCCGCGGAGCUGGUGUCUCCGCACGGUCUGUAACCCCUGGUUUGAGCGCAUCAGUAUGUUGGUUAUCCUUCUCAACUGCGUGACCCUGGGCAUGUUCCGGCCAUGUGAAGACAUUGCUUGUGACUCUCAGCGCUGCCGGAUCUUGCAGGCCUUUGAUGACUUCAUCUUCGCCUUCUUCGCUGUGGAGAUGGUUGUGAAGAUGGUGGCCUUGGGCAUCUUUGGGAAAAAGUGUUACCUGGGAGACACUUGGAACCGGCUUGACUUUUUCAUCGUCAUUGCAGGGAUGCUGGAGUAUUCGUUGGACCUGCAGAACGUCAGCUUCUCAGCCGUCAGGACAGUCCGAGUGCUGCGACCGCUCAGGGCCAUUAACCGUGUGCCCAGCAUGCGCAUCCUCGUCACGCUGCUGCUGGACACGCUGCCCAUGCUGGGCAACGUCCUGCUGCUCUGCUUCUUCGUCUUCUUCAUCUUCGGCAUUGUUGGCGUCCAGCUGUGGGCAGGGCUGCUGCGGAACCGAUGCUUCCUGCCAGAGAAUUUCAGCCUCCCCCUGAGUGUGGGCCUGGAGCCCUAUUACCAGACUGAGAACGAGGAUGAAAGCCCCUUCAUCUGCUCCCAGCCAAGGGAGAACGGCAUGCGAUCCUGCCGGAGCGUGCCCACACUACGUGGGGAGGGUGGUGGUGGCCCGCCCUGUGGCCUGGACUAUGAGGCCUACAACAGCUCCAGCAAUACCACCUGCGUCAACUGGAACCAGUACUACACCAACUGCUCUGCUGGAGAGCACAACCCUUUCAAGGGCGCCAUCAACUUUGACAACAUUGGCUAUGCCUGGAUCGCCAUCUUCCAGGUCAUCACGCUGGAGGGCUGGGUCGACAUCAUGUACUUUGUGAUGGAUGCUCAUUCCUUCUACAACUUCAUCUACUUCAUCCUCCUCAUCAUCGUGGGUUCCUUCUUCAUGAUCAACCUGUGCCUGGUGGUGAUUGCCACACAGUUCUCUGAGACCAAGCAACGGGAAAGCCAGCUGAUGCGGGAGCAGCGAGUUCGGUUCCUGUCUAAUGCCAGUACCCUGGCCAGCUUCUCAGAGCCAGGAAGCUGCUAUGAAGAACUACUCAAGUAUCUGGUAUACAUCCUCCGGAAAGCAGCCCGCAGGCUGGCCCAAGUCUCCCGGGCAGUGGGGGUGCGGGCUGGGCUGCUAAGCAGCCCAGAACCCCAUGGGGGCCAGGAGCCCCAGACCAGUGGCAGCCGCUCUCGCUCUCACCGUCGCCCAUCUGUCCACCACCUGGUACACCACCAUCACCACCAUCACCACCAUUACCACCUGGGCAAUGGGACACUGAGGGCCACCAGGGCAAGCCCAGAGAUCCAGGACAGGGAUGCCCAUGGGUCUCACCGGCUCAUGUUGCCACCGCCCUCCACACCUGCCCUCUCCAGGGACACGCCAGCAAGUGCAGAGUCUGUGCACAGCUUCUACCAUGCUGACUGCCACUUAGAGCCAGUCUGCUGCCAGGUGCCUCCUCCCCGAUCUCCAUCUGAGGCCUCAAGCAGGACUGUGGGCAGUGGAAAGGUAUAUCCUACUGUGCACGCCAGUCCACCACCAGAGAUGCUGAAAGAGAAGGCGCUAGUGGAGGUGGUCCCCACCUCGGGACCCCCCACCCUCACCAGCCUCAGUAUCACACCUGGGCCCUACAGCUCCAUGCACAAGCUGCUGGAGACACAGAGUACAGGCACCUGCCAAAGCUCUUGCAAGAUCUCCAGCCCUUGCUUGAGGGCAGACAGUGGCCCUGACAACUGCCCUUACUGUGCCCGGGCUGGGGCCAGGGAGUUGGAGCCCACCGGGCCUGAGAUGCUGGACUCAGACAGCGAGGCAGUUUAUGAGUUCACACAGGAUGCCCAGCAUGGUGACCUCCGGGACCCCCACAGCCAGCGCCGACAGAGUGCAGGGUCGGAUGCUGAGCCCAACUCUGUGCUGGCCUUCUGGAGGCUGAUCUGCGACACCUUCCGGAAGAUCGUGGACAGCAAGUAUUUUGGCCGGGGCAUCAUGAUUGCUAUCUUGGUCAACACGCUCAGCAUGGGCAUCGAAUACCACGAGCAGCCCGAGGAGCUUACCAAUGCCCUGGAGAUCAGCAACAUCGUCUUUACCAGCCUCUUUGCCCUGGAGAUGCUGCUGAAGCUACUUGUUUAUGGUCCCUUUGGCUACAUCAAGAACCCCUACAACAUCUUCGAUGGUGUUAUCGUUGUCAUCAGCGUGUGGGAGAUCGUAGGCCAGCAGGGGGGCGGCCUGUCGGUGCUGCGGACCUUCCGCCUGAUGCGGGUGCUGAAGCUGGUGCGCUUCCUGCCGGCGCUGCAGCGGCAGCUUGUGGUGCUCAUGAAGACCAUGGACAACGUGGCCACCUUCUGCAUGCUGCUCAUGCUCUUCAUCUUCAUCUUCAGCAUCCUGGGUAUGCAUCUGUUUGGCUGCAAGUUUGCCUCUGAACGGGAUGGCGACACACUGCCAGACCGGAAGAACUUUGACUCCCUGCUCUGGGCCAUUGUCACCGUCUUUCAGAUCCUGACUCAGGAGGACUGGAACAAGGUGCUCUACAACGGCAUGGCCUCCACAUCGUCCUGGGCUGCCCUGUACUUCAUUGCCCUCAUGACCUUUGGCAACUACGUGCUCUUCAACCUGCUUGUCGCCAUCCUGGUGGAGGGCUUCCAGGCAGAGGAAAUCAGCAAACGGGAAGAUGCGAGUGGACAGUUAAGCUGUAUUCAGCUGCCUGUCGACUCCCAGGGGGGAGAUGCCACCAAGUCUGAGUCGGAGCCUGAUUUUUUUUCACCCAGCCUGGAUGGUGAUGGGGACAGAAAGAAGCGUUUGGCCUUGGUGUCCCUGGGAGAGCACCCUGAGCUGCAGAGAAGUCUGUUGCCCCCUCUUAUCAUCCACACGGCUGCCACACCCAUGUCGCUGCCCAAGAGCUCCAGCACAGGUCUGGCCGAGGCCCUGGGCCCCGGCUCCGGCAGGACUAGCAGCAGCGGGUCUGCAGAGCCAGGCGCAGCCCAUGAGAUGAAGUCACCGCCCAGCACCCGCAGCUCCCCACACAGCCCCUGGAGUGCGGCCAGCAGUUGGACCAGCAGACGCUCCAGCAGGAACAGCCUGGGCCGAGCACCCAGCCUGAAGCGCAGAAGCCCCAGCGGGGAGCGGCGGUCCUUACUGUCAGGCGAGGGCCGGGAGAGCCAGGAUGAGGAGAGCUCUGAAGAGGAGCGGGCCAGCCCUGCAGGCAGUGACCGGCGCCAUGGGGGCUCCUUGGAGCGGGAAGCCAAGAACUCUUUCGACCUGCCAGACACACUGCAGGUGCCUGGGCUGCACCGCACAGCCAGUGGCCGCAGCUCAGCCUCAGAGCACCAGGACUGCAAUGGCAAGUCAGCCCCAGGGCGCCUAGCCCGAGCCCUUCGGCCCGAUGACCCUCCUCUGGAUGCAGACGAUGGCGAUGAUGAGGGCAACCUGAGCAAAGGUGAGCGGAUGAGGGCCUGGAUCCAAGCCCGGCUCCCUGCUUGCUGCCGGGAGCGUGACUCCUGGUCUGCCUACAUCUUCCCUCCUCAGUCAAGGUUCCGCCUCCUAUGUCACCGGAUCAUCACCCACAAGAUGUUCGACCAUGUGGUCCUUGUCAUCAUCUUCCUCAACUGCAUCACUAUUGCCAUGGAGCGCCCCAAGAUCGACCCCCACAGUGCUGAACGCAUCUUCCUGACACUCUCCAACUACAUCUUCACUGCAGUUUUCCUGGCCGAGAUGACAGUGAAGGUGGUGGCGUUAGGCUGGUGCUUUGGGGAAAAGGCGUACCUGCGUAGCAGCUGGAAUGUGCUGGACGGGCUGCUAGUGCUCAUCUCCAUCAUCGACAUCCUGGUGUCCAUGGUCUCUGACAGCGGCACCAAAAUCCUGGGCAUGCUUAGGGUGCUACGGCUGCUGCGUACUCUGCGCCCGCUCCGGGUUAUCAGCCGGGCACAAGGGCUGAAGCUGGUAGUGGAAACGCUCAUGUCCUCACUGAAGCCCAUCGGCAACAUUGUGGUCAUCUGUUGUGCCUUCUUCAUCAUUUUUGGCAUCCUGGGGGUACAGCUCUUCAAAGGGAAGUUCUUUGUGUGCCAGGGUGAGGAUACCAGGAACAUCACCAACAAGUCCGACUGUGCUGAGGCCAGCUACCGCUGGGUCCGACACAAAUACAACUUUGACAACCUGGGUCAGGCCCUCAUGUCCCUGUUUGUGCUGGCCUCCAAGGACGGCUGGGUGGACAUCAUGUACGACGGGCUGGAUGCUGUGGGUGUGGACCAGCAGCCCAUCAUGAACCACAACCCCUGGAUGCUGCUGUACUUCAUCUCCUUCCUGCUCAUUGUGGCCUUCUUUGUCCUGAACAUGUUCGUGGGUGUGGUGGUGGAGAACUUCCACAAGUGCCGGCAGCACCAGGAGGAGGAGGAGGCCCGGCGUCGGGAAGAGAAGCGUCUCCGGAGGCUGGAGAAAAAGAGAAGGAAUCUAAUGCUGGACGAUGUAAUUGCUUCCCGCAGCUCAGCCAGCGCGGCGCCAGAAGCCCAGUGCAAACCCUACUACUCGGACUAUUCCCGCUUCCGGCUCCUUGUCCACCACUUGUGUACCAGCCACUACCUGGACCUCUUCAUCACCGGUGUCAUUGGGCUGAACGUGGUCACCAUGGCCAUGGAGCACUACCAGCAGCCCCAGAUCUUGGAUGAAGCCCUGAAGAUCUGCAACUACAUCUUCACUGUCAUCUUUGUGCUGGAGUCAGUCUUCAAACUGGUGGCUUUUGGCUUCCGUCGGUUCUUCCAGGACAGGUGGAACCAGCUGGACCUGGCUAUCGUGCUUCUGUCCAUCAUGGGCAUCACACUGGAGGAGAUUGAGGUCAAUGCCUCGCUGCCCAUCAACCCCACUAUCAUCCGUAUCAUGAGGGUGCUGCGCAUUGCCCGAGUGCUAAAGCUGCUGAAGAUGGCGGUGGGCAUGCGGGCGCUGCUGGACACAGUGAUGCAGGCCCUGCCCCAGGUGGGGAACCUGGGGCUGCUCUUCAUGUUGUUGUUUUUCAUCUUUGCAGCUCUGGGCGUGGAGCUCUUUGGAGACCUGGAAUGUGACGAGACCCACCCCUGCGAGGGCCUGGGCCGGCAUGCCACCUUUCGGAACUUUGGCAUGGCCUUCCUGACCCUCUUCCGAGUUUCCACAGGUGACAACUGGAAUGGCAUCAUGAAGGACACUCUCCGAGACUGUGACCAGGAAUCCACCUGCUACAACACAGUCAUCUCACCCAUCUACUUUGUGUCCUUCGUGCUGACGGCUCAGUUCGUGCUGGUCAACGUGGUGAUCGCAGUGCUGAUGAAGCACCUGGAAGAAAGCAACAAGGAGGCCAAGGAGGAAGCCGAGCUGGAGGCUGAGCUGGAGCUCGAGAUGAAGACACUCAGCCCACAGCCCCACUCACCACUGGGUAGCCCCUUCUUCUGGCCUGGGGUUGAGGGCCCUGACAGCCCUGGUAGCCCCAAGCCUGGGGCCCCACAUGCCACAGCCCACAUGGGAGCAGCCUCCCACUUCUCCCUCGAGCAUCCUAUGGACAGACAGCUGUUUGACACCAUAUCCCUGCUGAUCCAGGGCUCCCUGGAGGGGGAGCUGAAGCUGAUGGACGAGCUGGCAGGCCCCGGGGGCCAGCCCUCUGCCUUCCCUCUCGCCUGCAGCCUGGGUGGCUCCGACCCACAGAUCCCUCUAGCUGAGAUGGAGGCUCUGUCUCUGACGUCAGAGAUUGUGUCUGAACCAUCCUGCUCUCUAGCUCUGACGGAUGACUCUUUGCCUGAUGAUACUCACAUACUCUUACUUAGUGCCCUGGAGAGCAAUAUGGAGCCCCACACCAAGGAGGUGCCUGGCAGGCUAGGGCCAGACCUUCUGACUGUGCGAAAGUCAGGGGUCAGUCGGACGCACUCCCUGCCCAACGACAGCUACAUGUGCCGAGACAGGAGCCCUGCUGAGGGGGCCCAGGGACCCAGGGUCUGGGGCCUCCCCAAAGCUCAUUCAGGCUCCAUCUUAUCCGUGCACUCCCAGCCAGCAGACACCAGCUAUUUCCUGCAACUUCCCAAAGAUGCCCCCCAUAUGCUCCAGCCCCAUAAUGCUCCCACCUGGGGCACCAUCCCUAAACUGCCACCACCAGGCCGCUCCCCUUUGGCUCAGAGGCCACUCAAGCGCCAGGCAGCAAUAAGGACUGAUUCCCUGGACAUUCAGGGCCUGGGCAGCCGGGAGGACCUGCUAUUGGAGGUGAGUGGGCCCUCUCCACCUCUGGUCCGUGCUUCCUCCUUCUGGGGCUACCCUCAGAUGCAGAAACACUCCCAGAGCAAGAUCUCCAAGCACAUGCCCUGGCUGGCCCCCGGCUCAGGCCUCCAGCCCACCUGGGGCAAGGGCCUGACAGAAACCAGAAGCAGCUUAGAGCUGGACACAGAGCUGAGCUGGAUUUCAGGAGACCCUCUGCCCAUCAGCAGCCAGGAGGAGCCCUCCUCCCCAAGGGACUUGAAGAAGUGCUACAGUGUGGAGGCUCAGGGCUGCCAGCGCCGGCCUGCAUCCUGGCUGGACGAGCAGCGAAGGCACUCCAUCGCGGUUGGCUGCCUGGACAGUGGCUCCCAGCCCUGCCUGGGCCCAGGCACCUCUAACCUGGGGGGCUACCCUCUUGGGGGCCCUGGGAGCCGACCCAAGAAAAAACUCAGCCCUCCCAGCAUCUCCAUGGAACCCCCGGAGAGCCAGGGCACACGGCCCCCUCCCAGUCCUGGCAUCUGCCUCAGGCGGAGGGCUCCGUCCAGCGAUACCAAGGAUCCCUCAACCUCUGGCCCCCCUGACAGCAUGGCUGCCUCACCUUCCCCAAAGAAAGAUGUGCUGAGUCUCUCCGGUUUAUCCUCUGACCCAGCAGACCUGGAGCCCUGAGUCUUGCCCCACUCUCUCACUCACCUUUCUCCAUUGGGUGCCAAAUCCUAGCUCCUCCUCCUGGGCUGUGUUGCUGAACAAAGUUCCACCGGGGACGCUGAGGAGGCACUCCUCCCUGUUCAGUGGCACUGGCCACCAGCAAACAGGAAUUUCCAGAGAGUUCCACGCAGUGGCCCUGGCCACUCUGGCUCUGGGCACAAAGAGAGAGGCCCAGUGUAACUGAGGUUCCUGACACUUAGGAGCUGUUGAGAGAAAGCAAUACGUUUGUGCAGAAUCUCUAUGUAUAUUCUAUUUUAUUAAAUUAAUUGAAUCUAGUA